AUGAGCAGCUCAUCACUCACCAACGUAACUGUCGCGGGAGGCACCGGAAGUCUGGGUGUCCAUAUAGUCGAAGCCUUGUUGAAUGAUGGAUCUUUUACGGUGAAAGUUCUUCGAAGACUACCGAAAACCGCGAAUGAGAAAGCCGAACUAUUGGCUUCCAAGGGUGCAGAAAUUAUCUACGCCAAUUAUAACCAGCAUGAUGAUCUGGUCAAAGCGCUUAAGGGAACCGACGUUUUAAUCAGCGCUGCAUCUCCCGGACUAGCCACGGGCGGUUAUGAUUUUGACGCUCUUCAAACGCCAUUGUUGAACGCUGCUAAGGCUGCCGGUGUGAGAAGGUUUAUUCCAUCUGAGUUUGGUACACACACUGAUUUUGGUGAUCAUCCGCUGACCGAUAGCAAAAUCACGUUCCGUCAGAAAGUUCAAGAAAGUGGACUUGAGUAUACCUUUAUUCAAAGUGGAACCUUUGUAGAAUAUCUUGACUGGACUGGGUUUGAUGUCAAAAAUAAGACCGCAAAAUUCUAUGCAGAUGUCGACAGCAAAUUGGCUGUUACUAGUAUGUCAGAUGCCGCCAAAUACACAGUUGAAUCUCUUAAAUUGGAAGAAUGUCGUAACGCAAGUAUCAGGGUUGCUGGUUCGAUGUUUUCACUAAGCGAGAUAGUUAAAAAGUUUGAGGAAGCUACCGGCUCUAAAUGGAAAGUUAUCGUAGAUAAAGAAGUCAAACAUAGAUUCGAGAACAAGAUUGAGCCAAUUCCUUCACCACAAGAUAUUUUUGUAGCCACUCUUUUACCAAAAGCAUCGUUCGACAAUAUUGAUAAUGACAAGUUUAGUUUCAGCCCUCGCCCCCUCGCUGACGAUCUCGCCGUUUUUGUCCAACAGAAAUCUGGUUGA